UAGGAAUUGGAAUUGGCUUCAUUUUUCGAAAAAUUAAGACUUAAAACAAGUUAGUCGAUAUAAAGUAACCAUCAUGGGCCCUAAACUAGCUACCAAAUGUGCUCAUUGUCAAACUGGUGUUUCGGAUAAAUGGCACACAAUUGAAAAAGGUACUAUCGUUUGCUCUCCGUGUCACGAAAAGCAUGAAAAAAUGCAGCUGGAACUUGAAGAGGAAUUAAAAGUAAUACAGUCGGAACCAUCUAAGGCGAAUCCAGUCAGUGAGGGAUUAGAUGUUGCAAGUGUCGCUAAUCAAGAAAUGAAAUUUUCGAUGGCAAUGGCGGAUACUGAUUCUGGACAAAAAAUUGAAGAGCAGAGAGAGUCCACUGAGUGUACGAAAGAUGAAGCGGGCGAUGAAAAGGAGGAUAAGGAUUCAAACAUGGACAGUAAAGAAAAACCGGUACUGUCGCUUAGUCCGAGGAAGCUGCGAAAAAAUGUAAGAAGUUCACGAAAAGGUGGAGUUGGUGGUUCAGGUGGCAAUGGAAGUAAAACGGGACGCUCAAGACGGUUUAUAUUUAAGAAAAACCCCAUGAAGACUCCCAACAUUACUGUUACGACACGAACUGUUGAGACGCUGUUUCAUAACAACAUUUACUACCAACUUGGGGACAUUGUUUCGAUGGUCGAUGCUAAAGGGAAUACAUACUACGCACAAAUUCACGGACUGCAGAUUGAUUCGUACUGUGAAAAGUCUGCAUACAUAACUUGGCUUAUUCCGACCACCUCAAGUCCGCCACCAAAUGAGAAAUUCGAUCCUGCUACUUAUCUUAUCGGGCCUGAAGAAGACUUGCCCCGCAAACUCAGUUGCAUGGAGUUUGUGAUGCAUGCUCCAAGCAGUUAUUACCUAGAUCGGCACAAUCCGUAUCCAAGGCCGGAUACGUGGGGACCGGAGAAUACUUCUCAAGAGGAUAAUUCUAACUACGUUUGGGCCAACAUUUCUCAUUUGUAUCAAUGCUAAGUCAGCAUUGCGAUUGGUUAUCUAGAUUAUUUUUUGUAAGCAAUUUUAUUGUAAAUUAUGAAGCAUUAAGAUUAAGACAAAAAACAUAAUUUAA